AUGGAGAUUUCAGUCACGCAGAUGCUUUGGCGCUGGGCAUCUGGUGAGCCAAGUAAGGGCUUUUUGCGGCUCCACGUGCACUGCGACAGCACCCGACCGGGCGAAGACCUUGGUCAGGAUCCUGUGACGGGGGAGACCUACUGGCCGGUUUGGAAACUCGCCGAACCCCUGGAAGUCUCUGUGGGUCAAGAGUCGCUUGGUUCAGAAACGCUGCACUACAAAUAUCUGCUGAUCCGCGGCACCCGACGAGACAAGUUCAAGUGGGAAGCCGAUGGCCUCGGAAAUCAUCGCCGCUUGCGCAUCACCGAGGAGAUGCUUCGCUGCGGCUCCUGGGACGAUGGCCUGUUUGGCGACCUCCCAGGGGGCAAGCCCUGCCCCCCACGGCAGAAGAAGCGCGAGGAGCGCGAGGAGCGCGAGGCCAAGCCGGAGAGAGACGAGGAAGAGAUCUGCGAAGCCUGUGAAGUGCCCAAGGCACUGAGCCUUCCAAAGCAUGAAAGGAUCCGGCAGGUGGGUAAAGGUGCCUCUGCAGGUACCGAAACCUUUGCUGUGCCAUUGGUGGCGCACUACUUCCAGGCGCUGUGCCGGAAAAACAAAGAGCUGAUUGACCGCUACGCAUUGAACCGUUUUGCAACAGCUGGUGUAUCAGCAAACCCAACAUUUUUGUGUGCUGCCAGUGUCUCAGCGACACUGGUAGCGGAGCUACCUGCGAGAAGCCUUUGGGCUGGAGCAGUACGCUCUGGGAACCUUUGGUGUGCCCUCAGUGCGCGAGCCCUGCAGAUUGCUGAGAUUUUUGAUCUUGCUGCUGCAAUCACUGCUUGA